CGUUGUUGUCGAACCUCUGUGAUUGCGAACUUGUUGCGAACCCGAAAAGGUCGGAAUCAGCGGGGCACGCCGCUCACGAGUCGACGUCGACCUUGUGAUACUUUCCCCGCACCGUCAGUCGAGCGGUACCCGGCCGGCGCAUGUGUCUGAGAAAUAUGUGUGUACAUCUGGUGUACAUUCCUCGACUCUGUCACCUCGACCCUCCAUUCUGUCGAGUCUUCCAGCGGCGUACAGCGACAAACCCAGGAUUAUGUCAAACGACCUGAACAUCCCCUCGCUCUUCGAUGUGAAGGGCAAAGUUGCGGUGGUGACGGGCGGGGGGUCCGGCAUCGGUACGAUGAUCGCGGCGGCGUACGUGCAGAACGGGGCGAAGGUGUACAUCGCCGCGAGGAAGGAGAAGCAGCUCAAGGACGUCUGCGACACGCUCAACGCAAAAGGUCCCGGGAGCUGCCAUUACUUCAUUGCCGACCUCUCGACAAAGGCUGGAUGCGACAAGCUAGCGGCAUCCAUCAAGGAGCGAGAGAGUAAGGUCGACAUUUUGGUGAACAACUCUGGCAUUAGCUGGGGUGCUCGAUACGAAGACUUCGCAGAGGUCGGCUGGGACCGCGUCCUUGCUCUCAAUGUGAAGAGUAUCUUUUAUCUGACUGUCGCCCUGACGGAUGUCCUUGCGAAAGACGCGACCUCGCACGAACCCGCAAGGGUCAUCAACAUCUCGUCCAUUGCAGGCCUCACACCCAUCCCCUAUGACGACCGACUCACAGGCGGGAACGGUGCCGGCUUAUGGAGCUACAACACGAGCAAGGCCGCGGUCAACCACCUUACGACUCAGCUCGCCUCGACUCUCACGUCGAAACACAUCACUGUGAACGCAAUUCUCCCUGGGAUCUUCCCCUCGAAGAUGACCGCCUUUGGCUUCAACCGGAGCGGUGAGGACAAGAUGAGCAAAGAGAAUCCCUCCGGUCGUCUCGGUGACCCGCGCGACAUGGCCGGCGUCGCCCUCUUUCUUGCAAGCCCGGCGGCUGCAUACGUGACCGGCACGCACAUCGUAGUGGACGGAGGUGACGUAAUCUCUACGAAGGCGAAGGCGAAGCUGUGAUGUCGGCGUAUUAUUCCCAUGCGUAGCAGGUGUUUUCUCUUCUUCAAUAUGCAACUGCGUUUUGCUACUGGCAGAAGUGGCCGCGGUACACAACGGGAAGGACGUGAUAAUUGUGCUUGCGGAUCACUGCCUUACCAGAAAUCCGUCUACGUGGGUUCACAAGGCCAGAGUCGUACUGCGCUUCG